GAAGAAACUAGCCUUUAGUUAGUUUCAAGUCACAGUCCCACUAAAAUGGUAACCUAGUUGUUUAGUUCGUACGUUGCGCGUGUUUCUCUCAACUCGAUUUGUUGUGCUUUCUUUGUGAUAUUAGUGAUUUUAAGUUUUGUUCCUUCCAUCUUUUCGGACUUGGAGACUGAAGGACCUCCUCGUUUAUUUUGGAUACUUUUGGAGUUAUGUGCAUCAAAUAAACCGCUGAGGCAAAAAAUGAAUGCAAAUUGAUUCCAUGGAGUUGGCAGAAUCUGUGAUAAUGGACAUAACCGACCCCUUCCGAGGCGAGGACAUUUCAAAGACGGAUUUCUUCGAUUUCGUUGUCACGCCAGACUCCAACGACUCCCACUCGAUCCAGCAGUUCACCAAGCAGAUGCGAUCGGUGAACGCCUUCCUGAACAACGGCAGUCCGGAAGAGAAAGAAACCAACAACAACACCACAACCGCCAACAACAUGCUGACGGUGGAUCUGAGUUCGCACAUCCAGAACUCCAACGACUGUGUUCCGACGUACGACGCGAACUUUUGGACCGACAAAGACACCGUUAAGUUAGAAACCGCCAUAUUAGAAGACUUAAAUAAGUAUUGUUGGAGCUCGGACGAGGCUAGUAAUAGUGUUGUGCACAAUGCGAAAACGAACACUGACGGACACAUUUACACCACUCUCACAGUAUUAAAUAACGGUAUGGAUCAAACGCCCACGUGGUAUAGGCCGCCGUUGACGGCCAAAGAAGAAGAAUCGUCCAUGUCCAGUCCCAACUCUAUGGAACUCCAGGCCAAUCUGGAUAUAGACUCCAUUCUGAGCAUCAUGCCGAGCCAGAUCAAUGGCUUCAAUAACAACUACAGCGACACCAAUAUAAGUCCUAACACAGAUGGUCUCAUCAAGUCUGAAACCUACACGUAUGAGGACAGUGGCUACGCCGACAACAAAGAAGAAUUAGCAAAUAGUAUGAUAAUAGAUACGCCGCUGCUAGAGGCUCAUGACAACUUCAAUAACAACAACAACGAUUGGAAACUCACCAACCAAAACACUACCAAUAAUGGUGCUGCAGAUUCUCUGCUCCGAAGUGCCUUGCAGGGCAAAGCUUUCGGGCGUUACAAUGGCAACGUCAAAGUCAAAGCAGAGAAUAAUACGGAACUCAGGAGAGCUCUUUCCACACCGCCAGGUAAAACAGAAAAUAAUAAUAUCUACAUUAAAGACGAUAGUGAUCAUCACAUACCAACAAUAGUAGCAGGCAUAGAUGCAAACGGUAAAGUCAUCUUUGAGGAGCACAUAUCGAACAGGUCGAAUGUGAAUGACCAAGAGAAUCCUACCAGUACCCAAAGCAUGAACGAUCUUCUCUUGUGCCAGCUAGAGCAAUACCCUGAAGACUUGAAGCGAAUAGCAGAUGAAGUAGCUGAAACUGUGAAUCAGUACUGUCAAAUUGAUACCUCUGUUGAUAACACGGUUUAUAGCAUAAGUCCAGAACACAUUGGCAUCCUUAACAACCUUGCACCAAUACAGAUAGCAGCACCGGUUGUUUCUAGUACCAAGCAAACAACGAAAAAGUACAAAAGAUCAAAUAGUGCUAACAAAUCACAGACCACUGUUCAAAAUGCUACUUCAACCAGUAAUGGUAUAAGGAAGGAAAGAUCUCUUCAUUAUUGCAGUAUUUGUUCCAAAGGUUUUAAAGAUAAAUACUCGGUUAAUGUUCACAUAAGAACGCAUACAGGGGAAAAACCUUUCGCUUGCAGUUUAUGUGGUAAAAGUUUUAGGCAGAAAGCGCAUUUAGCGAAACAUUACCAGACUCACAUUGCACAGAAAAAUGCGGCAGCAGCUGGAAAUGUUGCCACCACGAAGACAAAAUCUAGGUAGCCACCUCGGAUUUAAUAAAUUGAUUGGAUUUUCUAUGUUUAAUUCAGUGAAUGUAAUAUCACGAUAUCUCUGAAAAUUAAACGAAAUAAAAUUACACAAGUCUAAUAUUUCAAUAAGGAAUGGAGAAAUUCAAUAAAUUGACAUCUAUUCAAAACUGAUUUUAUAUUUUAUGGGUAUUUUUUAUACCACUUCAUUCAGAAAUGUAAGAUUACGAAUUUUCAUGUACAUAAAAUAUUAAUAAAACAAAUCUAAAAUAAGUUAUCCAUCAUGUUAUUCUAAUUUUAAUUCUAAGUGAAUUGGAAGAGCAGAUUCAUGGCUCGACAAUAAUUUUCGUUUAUUUUUAGGAGUAUCUGUAAUCGAAAACUUUAGUCGUAGUUCAUAUUGUAAAUUUAUUUAUUUAUUUAUUAUCAUUUCGAUAGAAAGACGAACAUCUUCUGAAAUAUUCAAAACUAUGAAAUUCCAACUUUAAUGCAAUAAUUAACAGCAAAACAACGAAAGAAUAUAAUACUCAUUUCUCAUAUCACUUAAAUGAUCACUUGUUCCUAAUUAUUAUAUCAUUUUUUGUUAAUUAUUUUGUAUGUGCUGUGAUUAUUGAUUAUAUAUAAAAUUCUAAAGUUCUGUAUAAAGGUAACAAUUCAGUUCUACACUAAAAUAUUUUGAUCUUGCCAUUUCUUUAUUGUCUUAUUUUAUGUAGACUUUAUUCAUGGUAAAAUUAGUACCAAAAUACUCGGAAAAUUCUUUACAGGGUGAAACUGAUAGCGUUCUUCCCAUUGUAUCGAUAACUUAUCAUCUCAUCAUAUUUGUACAUAAUAUCAUUAUUCGAUGGAAAAUAUGUGCACAUCCUAAUGUGUUGAUGCAUGCAAUGAGUUUGAAAUAUUUAUCAGUGGAUACCAGCUCCAUUCAAAUUUAAGUUUAGUGGGAAAAGUUCAUAUAUUUUUCCAGAACGAUAAUAGUUUUAAUUACAAUUUCAACAUUCCUCAACAGUGCUCCAGAAAGGUACUUUUUCCCUAGUUGCUUUUAGUUGUAUAACUUUAGUGCAUAGUUUACUUAACUACAGUUUACCAUUAUGUCAAGGCAUUAACACGAUAUGUCUACCUUCAAAAUCUCACAUGAUAAAAAGAAUAUUCAAUUGAUUGAAUGUGAGUACUGCGGCGAACAAUUAUUGACGAAGGAAUUACAAUUUUGUUGUUUAAUUUAUAAAUAUUUAUGAUAUGUUAGACGUCUGUCCAAGACUUUUACUCUUUCCAGAUACCAAUUGUUCUUUUUUACUUUAAUCAGUAUUUUGUUGAUUUUUGUAAAUGGUUCUCUCUAUACUUGUUAAGAGUUUGCAACUUUUGCCAUGGUAAAGGGAUUAUUUAAUGUUUGGAUCUCAUACAAAUGAAUGAUUAUGCUUGCUUACACCUUGAAAUCAAACUGCCAAGCUCAUUUCAACCUGUGUUCUAUCUGAAAGACAAAACUUUAUAUACCUACAACACUUAUAGACGAAAUAUACAUGUUAUGUAAAAUGCUGAAUACUAUGAGCUAUAUAUCUAUACGUUUCUAUUGCCAUAGACGUGAAUUUUAUUCAGUUUCACAUGUUAUGUAUAGUUAUAUCAGAUUUUAUGUCCUCCUUUUUGUGUAUUAUUGAUUUUAUCCAAGUAUUGUCAUACUUAAAAUCUUAUAUAUUUACAUUUUAUAAUUUUUUAUUAUUAUAAUUGUAAACUUAUUACAAUAAAUGUUACUUGAACGUUA